UGUAACCGGGGUGUUCAGAGAUCUCCUUAUAGUUUCUGCAGCAGAACAACCAUCACGGAUCAGCAUCUGGAAACACUUAAGAAAUUGGCCGUCGUUCUGUGCUGUGCAGCUGAGGAGCUUCCACUCCCUCCAGAACCCAGGCAAGACUGAGAGGAGAACGUCUCAGCCUCGGACUUUGCUCGCCACUUUCUGGGAGGAAGAAGCCGCACAAUGAAAAUGCAGCCCUGGCUUGGAAGCAGACUCCUCCUCCUCCUGCUCCUGCCUCUCACUGCCCUCCCGGACACCCAGUCUCUGGGCUCAGAGGAUCAGGCACUCAUGGGCUCUCGGGGACCAGUCGUAGUGAUCGUAGGGGCCGGGAUCUCUGGUAUUGCAGCAGCCGAGAAGCUCCACAAAAGUGGCUUAAAAAAUGUGAAGAUCCUAGAGGCUACAGGGAGAACCGGAGGCCGGAUCCACACUCAGAGUUUCGAGGAUGAGAAUGCGCUGACAUAGUGAGGAGACGUCUGGGCGUCACAUUCUGCAGAGAGAAGUUUUAGCUGGACCCAGCGG